AUGAAAUCAAUCAUUCGUCAACAUCACUUUUAUAUUGAUCAUUAUGAUAUAUCUUCGACAGGAAUAUCUUUAAAUGAAUUUCGUCAACGACGUCAUUCACUUGUUAAUCUUAUUCGAAAUUAUAUAAAAACUGAACAAAAACAAUCAUCAAAAAAUUUUACAAUUUGUCUUCCAUCAUCAUCACGUUUAUAUAUGGGUCCUGAUGUUGCGUAUUUUCCAUUUAAACAACAAUCAGAUUUUUAUUAUUUAACUGGUUGUAUGCAACCCGAUGCUGUAUUAUUAAUUAAUGGUAAUGAUCAAACAUUUUCUACUAAUCUUUUUUUAUCUCGAUGUACAAUGCAUUCAACUGAUGAAUAUGAACGAUGGUUUGGACCAAUAAUAACUGAUGGAGAACAAAUCUCUGAUAUAUUUGGAAUUGAUAGAGUUUAUCCAAUUGAUCAAUUAAUAACAUUAGAACUUCCAUUAUCCUCGAUUUUAUUUUAUAAUUCACAAUUUAUUAAUGAUGAAAGUAUACAUAAAAAGAAUUUAAUACCUCUUUUAAAAAGAUUUUCAUCAUCAAUUGUUUGUAAUCAAUUAACUAAAUUUCUUCAUUCAUUACGAUCAAUAAAAUCAUUUGCUGAACAAACUCUUAUACGUCGAGUAUGUCAAUUAACAUCAAUAGCAUUAAUAAGAACAAUAAAAAAUUGUAAAAAAGAUAUUGAAAAUGAACAUUUAGUUAAAGCUCAAUUUCAAUAUGAAUGUGAAAAACUUGGCGAUAUUUCAAUGGCAUUUCAUCCAGUUGUUGCUGCUAAUGGACGAGGAAAUGUUAUUCAUUAUCAAAAGAAUAAUCAAUCAAUAAAUAAAGAUGAUUUAAUUAUGUUAGAUGGAGGUUGUUUAUUUAAACAAUAUUCUAGUGAUAUGACACGUCUAUGGCCUAUAAAUGGUCGAUUUUCAUCUCCACAACAACAACUUUAUGACAUAUUAUUAACUGUACAAAAAGAUUUAAUUCGAUAUUUAAAUUCUACUGAUAAAAUAAUUUCAAGAGAAAAACUAAAUACUUUAGCUGAUCAAUAUAUGAUAAAAUAUUUAUGUGAAGAAAAUAUUCUUUCACAAACAAUCGAUAAACACUAUGCUAAAAAUGUUAUGCAUAUCUUAUGUCCAACAGGUGUUAGUCAUCAUCUUGGUCUUGAUGUACACGAUUGUGAUUUAUGCACAGCUGAUCAACAACUUCGAUCUGGUAAUAUAAUAACCAUUGAACCUGGUCUCUAUAUUCCUUGGAGUUGUAAAGAUGUUCCAUCAAUAUAUCGUGGUUUUGCAGCACGAUUAGAAGAUGACGUUUUAUUAACGGAACAAGGUUGUGAAGUUUUGUCGAAUAUGUGUCCGAAAGAAAUUGAUGAUUUAUAUCAAAUACUUGACGAUAGAGAUAAAUCCGAUAUGCAGUGA